AUGAAGGCUCAUCCUACCAGGCUCCCUGUCCAGCUAUGGAACGUCACUCAACUACAGGUGACUGGUAAUUGGCAGACUUACGUUGCUGGCAAGGAAAAGGCCAGUGCUGAGCAGCAGGCCCAGGCCUUCGAUGACGUUUCGCUCUACGCCAACGUUGCUGUGGACAUGUUCCUGUCCGAUAACAAGGAGAACUCAACCAUGGUCGGCGCCCCCAUUGAAAUCAUGAUUUGGCCUUGGUGGACGCCAACUGUCAAACCACUAGGAUGGGCCGAGUCCACUCCCGACAAAGACACUGUCACCAUUGACGGCACCGCUUUCUCGCUGUACCAUGGCUGGAACGAUGGGGGCCAGCAUGUUUUUUCAUGGCUGGCUCGCAACAACCUCACCAAGACCGAUGCCGACUACGGACCUUUGCUCACCUACAUCUGGAAGAAGGGUAUGCUGUCAGGCGCGAUAUGGCUAGGGCAACUCGAGCUGGGCACCGAAAUCAAACACGCCGCAGGCGACAUGCACUUUGAAGCCAGCAACUACACCUUGAAGGUUGUCAGGCAAGGAGACCCAGAAGACAAGGCGACCUCAACGUCUACAACUCGAUCCAGUGCCAGCCAGAUCGCAACGACGAAGACAGUGAUGACGACAGCCGCAGCUGAAGCCGCCACCACUUCUGCGCCGUCUCCCACCAGCACCAAUGCCGCGUCUACUUCAUCGCUUGCAGACCUGUCGACAGUUUGGUGGAUCUCACUGGUCACAGUUUUGUUGUGUUAA